AUGAGCAACAAUACACUUAUCCGAACUUGCCUUCUAGCUGCGCUAGGAAAUAACUUGACUCGCGUGACAUUCUCAGAAGCCGGGACUAUUGACGCGAAUCCAUACAAUCUCAACUUCCCCGUAGUGCCAGCCGCGAUCACCAUUCCCGAGUCCACAGCGCAGGUAGCCAAUGUUGUCAGAUGCGCGGCGAGUAAUGGUUACAAAGUGCAGUCUAGGAGUGGAGGUCAUAGCUAUGCUAAUCAUGGUCUCGGAGGCACGGAUGGUGCAAUCGUGGUAGAUUUGAAAGAACUCAAGCAAUUCUCCAUGGACGAGUCUACAUACACCGCUUCGAUUGGAGCGGGGAUGCUAUUGGAUGAAGUCACCCACAAACUCUACGACAACGGCAAAAGGGCAAUGGCACACGGAGUCUGUCCCCAGGUCGGUGUCGGUGGCCAUUUCACAAUCGGAGGCCUUGGACCAACCGCACGACAAUGGGGAAGUUCUUUGGAUCACGUCGAGGAGGUCGAGGUUGUGUUGGCUAAUUCCAGCAUCGUCCGGGCAUCGAACACACAGAACCAAGAUGUUCUCUUCGCGAUCAAAGGCGCUGCUGCUAGUUUUGGAAUCGUCACGGAAUUCAAAGUACGCACCGAGCCAGCACCGGAAGUCGCUGUGCAGUAUACCUACGAGCUUAUCCUGGGAAAUACAACCGAGCGAGCCAGAAUUCUGGCGGGAUGGCAGGACUUUAUCUCGGACCCUGAUCUCUCUCGGAAAUUCGCAUCAAUAAUGAUUCUUUUCGAGCAUGGCAUGCUUCUCACCGGUGACUUUUAUGGUACCAAAGAGGAAUUCGACGACCUUGGUCUCGCGGACCGCUUUCCAAUCCGCAAGCCGGGAAACAUCGCUAUUUUAACCGAUUGGCUAGGCAUGACAGGCCAUGCAGUAGAAGAGCUUGCCCUAGGAAUCAUUGGGGGAAUCCCACUCCACUUCUAUGCUAAGUCAAUGGCCUUCACCCAAGACAGUCUCAUGCCCCAAUCAACUUUCGAGAAACUCUUUGAUUAUCUCGACAGCACCGACAAAGACACACUCCUAUGGCUCGUUUACUUUGACCUACAAUCAGGAGCCACCGGCGACGUUCCCAACAAUGCUACUGCCUAUGCUCACCGCGAUACGCUGUACUGGCUACAAUCAUACGCUGUCAACUUAGUAGGCCCCGUUUCCAAUACCACUGUUGGAUUUCUGGAUGGAAUCAACAGUCUCAUUGCGCAGGAUGUACCCAGUGCCAAUACGCGUGCGUAUCCGGGAUACGUGGAUCCAUUUAUGCAAGACUCUCAAGAACGUUACUGGGGGUCUAAUUUGCCAAGGCUGGAGAGGAUUAAGGCGGCUAUUGACCCGGAUGAUGUUUUUCAUAAUCCACAGAGUGUGAAGCCGAGAAAGGACGAUUCAUGA